GUUGACUAAAUUCGGUUGUGACACAAACAAUAACAAACAGAACGAACUUAACUUCUUUUCUUUGUUAACUACUUUUUUUUUGUUUUGGUUUUGUUCUUAUUGUUUCCUAUGUUGAUCUGAACGUUAUAAUGCGUGGACUGCUUUAUCUCUGCUGUUGGCUAGUUGUUUCUGGAGAAAUUUAUGCUCAGCUGCCCGAAUCGCGCAUCAUCAAUGGAACUGUGGCCAGCGUCUCAGACACGAAGCAUCUCGUUUCCAUCAGGCUAAAGAAGAACGAUCGCAACUUUGGCAGCGGACACAUCUGUGGUGGCUCCUUGAUAGGACCCAACAAGGUCCUAACAGCCGCCCACUGUUUGUUCAACACCUCAAAGAAGCGCUAUCGAAAGGCAAAGGAAUUCGUUGUCGUGAUGGGCACACUCAAUCGCUAUGAGCGCAACACUGGUACAAUUGUUUCCGAUGUCAGCUCCAUUGCCUACAUGAACACAUUCACCACGGAUAGCAUGCGUGACGAUGUGGGCGUCAUGUUCCUGCGCACUGGCCUGCCCGUUAACAGCACCCAUCCGACUGUGGCGCCCAUACAACUAGCCACAGAGCCGACGCCUUCAGGCGUUACCUGCCAAGUCGCCGGCUGGGGACGCACUGAGCAGCUCUCCAACUUAUCACCCAUUAUUGCCCAUCUUGUCAAGAACACGCUGUCGAAUGUUCUGCUCACUGCCAAUGUGACCACGGUUCGCCAUGCAACCUGCGCCACAAUCUAUUCGGGCAGCCUGCUUCCAGGCAUGCUCUGCGCUGGGCGGCUGCGAGGUGGGACGGACUCGUGCCAAGGCGACUCCGGCGGACCCCUGGUCUACGAGGGCCGUGUCAUUGGCGUAGUCUCUUGGGGCUAUGGCUGUGCUGAGCCGGGUCUGCCUGGCGUCUAUGCGGACGUUCAGUAUUACCGUCAAUGGAUCGAGGAGCGUAACGGCAGCUCCGCUCUGACAGCGCCAAGCCUUAAGCAUUUGCUUGCAUUGUCGCUCGGCUGUGCCGUUUGGCUGUGGUCAAAAAGAAAAUAAAAUAUGUUCUAGUAGUAGUUCGACUAGUUCAUGGGUUUACAUUAGCUUUAAGACGUCUACUGGCGUUCCGAAUUUUCGGAUAAUAUAUAGUCGGAUAUCCGGAUAACAGUUGCGAACAGAUAUCCGAAUAGAUGAAUGACUGCCCUACAAUUGUGGAUACCUAUUACCUCACCCAACUGGCUGUUGCAGAUUGCUUUCCGGAUAAUCGAAAAUCCCGACUAACAGUUAUUCAGACGCUUGGCCGAGAAUGUGGGGAUUUUUAGAUUAGCUAGAAUUUGCAGAGGUUUUAAUCAACAAGCAACAUUUAUUUACAGUCAACACACAGAUAAACGAGUUAACGGAAUAAAGUUUUUAAUAUUUACGG